AUGGAGGAAGACACCCGUCAGUCCCCUAUACUUGGAAGAGGUUCAAUGGCCCUCAAAGUUGACCCAGCACCUGGGUCUCAUCCUUCUGGCUCUACCCCUAACUCUCUUGACGGUCCUCCUAAGUGUCAUCAUUGUAAUAGGAAUCAUUACUCUGAGAAGUGUUUUAAGGAGUAUGGUUAUCUCGAUUGGUUUGUUGACUACAAAUCUCGUAUGUACGGUCCCAAGACCGCUUGCACUGUGACUCAAGAUAAAGCCCGUCCUCCGGCCCCGUUUGCAAAUCUGUGUGCUUCCGAUACCAUGCCAAGUAUGGGUUUUAAUACUUGGAUAAUUGAUACUGGUGCUUCUGAUCAUAUGACUUAUGAUGGUAAUAUGUUUGAUGAGUUGUUUCAUAACCCUCGUGACCCUUAUAUUACUAGUGUUAAUGGUUUACCUUCCCCAAUUACCGGUGAAGACAUCAUCCACCUCACUCCUUCUAUACCUCUGUCCUAUGCACUAUUGGAUCUCAAGACUCACGAGAAGAUUGGGCAUGGUAAACGGAUAUGGGAGUUAUAUUACUUACAGUUACCGAUUGCAGCAGUUCGUGGUUGUGUCGCUAAUAAAGUCCAGAGUGGCAGUAUCAAAGACAAGCAACAACUUUGGCUGUGGCAUCGUCGCUUAGGACAUCCGUCAUUUGGUUAUCUUAAACAUUUGUUUCCUUCAUUAUUUAGUUUGUGUGAUGAGUCUAGCUUCAAAUGUGAGACUUGUGUAAUGGCCAAGAGCCAUCGUACAGUUUUUCCUUUGAGUAAUAAUAAAGCUGCAUUGCCUUUUGCGUUAGCACAUUCGGAUGUAUGGGGCCCUGCCCGUGUGACUUCUCAUGAUUUUCGUUGGUUUGUCACGUUUAUUGAUGAUUGCAUUCGCUUAACAUGGGUAUAUUUGAUGAAGCAUAAACAUGAUGUUGCCUCUAUUCUUCCUGUUUUUUGUGUUAUGGUGCCUACUCAAUUUCAUGUCCAUGUUAAAGUACUUCGGACUGAUAACGGAGGUGAAUAUGUGAAUCAUACCUUGAUCCAGUUCUUCCGUGAUCAAGGUAUCAUUCACCAAACUACCACUCCAUUCACUCAUCAACAGAAUGAUGUGUUUGAACUUAAGAAUUGUCAGUUACUUGAAGUUGCCUACUCCCUUAUGUUGGAUAUGUGUGUUCCUUAUCAUCUUUGGGGACAUGGUGUUUUGGUUGUUGCUUAUUUGAUUAACCGUACUCUUAGUCGGGUUCUUGAUUUCAAAACUCCGCUUGAUGUGUUAUGUGCCCAUACUUCUUCGGUUUCAGUCUCUAAGCUACCUUCGAAUGUGUUUUGGUGUGUUGCUUAUGUUCAUGUCUACUCCCAUCAACGGAGUAAACUUGACCCGUGUGUUUUUCGCUGUGUCUUCAUUGGCCAUUCGACCACUCAGAAGGAUUAUAAGUGUUAUCACACUCAUUCAUAA